AUGCAUCAGGUGGCCUUCAGAUUGGGCAAUACACGGUUGCUCUUUAUGAACGCUCAUCUGGCGGCGCAUCAGGGCCAGAUGGAGGAACGCACAAGGUCCAUGCAGCGCAUCCUGGAGAGCUCACCCAUCCGCAAGCGUAAGGACAUGAGUGGUGUUCAUCGAGAAUACGACCGAGUAUUCUUCAUGGGCGACCUGAACAUGCGCCUCAACGAAAAGCGCGAGACUGUGGAUGCAUGGAUCAAAGCGGAGCGGUUCGAUGAAUGCCUCAAGACGGAUGACCUGUUGCCACUCCUGAAGGGCGACUCAGGCCAUGCCGGGCUGUGGCCCGACUUUCAGGAGGCAAAGAUCACCUUUCCACCCACUUACAAGUUCGACAAAAAGUCGGAUGUUUACGACUCCUCCAAGAAGCAGCGGGUGCCCAGUUGGACGGAUCGGAUCCUUUGGAAGAAGGACGUGGCGAUCAAGUCUUUAAGCUACGACUGGGUGCCCAGCCUGAAAUGCUCAGACCAUCGCCCCGUUUUUGCUCAGUUCGAGGUCAAAGUGGAUUUGAAUUGGUCAGGACCACCUCGUGUUGUCAGGAAGAGCUCUGUUUGCGCCGUGCAGUGA